AAACAAUGGGUAGUCCUAAAAAUAGCAUAGCAUAGCAUAUCAUCUUUUUGUUCCCCGAAACCUUGGACUGAGAAGUCACAAGCUGAACCUCAACCUCGGACCCUGUCCCAGACACAUACAUGGGUUGUUCGCGCAUUCAUUUCAACCUUAAUCUCUCUUUCCCUUCCGAUGCGGCGCUUAUUCCUUCCACAAGUCACUCUCCCUCUCACCUCUCACUUUCACUCUCUCACUCUCCUCUCUUCAAAACAACGAAGAUGGCUUUAUCCAGUGCUCCGCGCCGUACCUGUGGCGCUGUGUGCUCUCAAAUGACCAUGGAGGAGAAACCUCUUUCCGAGAACCGAAUGCUCGUGUAUGUGCCUCCACAUCCGUUGAUCAAGCACUGGGUUUCGGUUCUGAGGAAUGAGCAAACCCCAUGUCCCAUCUUCAGAAAUGCAAUGGCCGAGUUGGGAAGGCUACUAAUUUACGAAGCAUCAAGGGAUUGGUUGCCCACUGUUUCUGGAGAGAUUCAAUCACCAAUGGGUGUUGCUUCAGUGGAGUUCAUUGAUCCAAGGGAGCCUGUGGCUAUAAUUCCAAUCUUGAGAGCUGGUCUUGCUCUUUCUGAACAUGCAACAUCAGUCUUACCUGCAACAAAAACAUAUCAUCUAGGAAUAAGCAGAGAUGAGGAAACUCUUCAGCCAACUGUAUAUUUGAACAAGUUACCUGAGAAAUUUCCAGAAGGAUCUAAAGUUUUUGUGGUUGAUCCUAUGCUGGCAACAGGUGGCACUAUAGUGGCAGCCCUAAGUCUCAUAAAGGAACGUGGAGUUGGCAACAAGCAGAUUAAAGUGAUAUCUGCUGUGUCUGCCCCUCCGGCCCUUCAAAAGCUGAGCGAGCUGUUCUCUGGGCUUCAUGUGUAUACUGGAAUAAUUGACCCCACUGUUAAUGAAAAAGGGUUCAUAAUUCCUGGCCUAGGAGAUGCUGGAGACCGCAGCUAUGCUACAUGAUACAUGAAAUACCUCACUCCCCUUGGGUGCCAUUUUUUUUCAAUUUUGAGGCCCUAAAUUUAUUAUUUUUCAUAUGGAUGCUGAACUUCCGACACCCUUUGAUCUGUAGUCCUCUUGGGGGUUUUUGGUAAUUAUAACCAUUUAUUGAAUUACAUAGGUGUUCAAAUGUGAAAAGUGGCGAGCAUCUAUAUAUUGCGAUGUUAUCGGAACGUUUGAAAGAGCUUAUAGGUAAUUUAUAAAAAUAGUUUGACUUUGG